ACAUCAUCCAUCGGGAAGGAACCACCGUGUAUUCGACGGUGGUAACAAAAGGAACAAAAAGGAAAAGAACUUUAUUACAUUGUAACCCCUUUUGCAUUGCAUUAGAUUCAAGUGAUGAAACGUAAAAUUUGAAGCCGACAACGGGGAUUGGUUGGAUAACGUUUUGAAAGUGAGAUUAGCGUACGGUAGUUUUUGUUUUAGAUUGGAUUUUGAUCAAAAAAUAGGUAGAAUCUGUAGUGUAGUGCUUUGUGAGUCGUAGAAAAAAAAGCGUAUGUGUAUCUUUUCCGUUUCCGAGAAGCCUUGGUUGUCCUAAACUCGGACCUGGAACUCGUUGCUAGGAAGGAUUAGAUGCAAGAUAGGAUAUGUGACUAAUUGAAGGCAAGGACAAAUGCGACAUUUUUGGAUUUUCUUCGAGGAACGCAAACCUGACUAGAGGGUGCCGUGGUGAGGAGUCGCAGGUUUUUGUGUGUGUAUGUAAAGAAGCAAGAAGCAAGUCGAAUGUUCGGCGUUUGAGAACGAAGUUUAGUUUUUGGAAAAGAUCUGAGGAAGUUGUCAAUCUGGAAGUGGGAAUAACCAGGAAAAUUGAUCGGUCAGUGACAGAGGAAAAAUUGAAUGAAAAUUUUCCUCAUCUUUGCCAGUGUGUGAGUGUGUGAGAACGAGAGAACGUCGGAGAAAAGUGCGUACAUCAAGCAGCAGUCAUAUGUGACUGUGGCCGGAGAGCGAGCGAACAAACGAGCAUUGGAGGCAGGUCUGUGCACUCCCGCGGAAGGUUGAGCAAACGUUUGUUGUCACUUUUGGCUGUAUCCUGUCGGUGAAGAGCCAGAUUGAAUCCUUUCAGCGGCAUCGACCGACCGACUACUACGAUGGGAAAAUGAGAGAAGAGUACGCGAGAGCGAGUGAAAGCUUAUCGAAGUAAACUGGUCGGUUAGAGCUCCUCAGUUCAGCACGUGUGUGUAGUAGACGAGAAUCAUUACAGACCCCCCCGUCGAUCGAUACCAGCAGAUUUGUCAACAACGGCGACGACGACCGACGGGUUUCCCGAACACAAGACAGGACACAAACAAAACAACAGGACUAACAACCUUUCCUUUCUGGCGAUUCGACGCAGUUUCCGUGACAGUGGAAAGCGGAAGAGUGAUGCGAGCCCGGUCCAAUAGUGCUUAUUACUAGAGACAUUACUGUUUUGGGUAACCGUCUUUUGUAUGCAGACGUGACGUGUUAUUGUAUCGUGCUCGAGAAGAACGAAGAAAGUAAGAAGAGCUUGGAGGAAAGCAAGUGAUUUUGGAGGAGGGAAACAUGAUUCUGAUCGCUGGAGUCGAUAAUUACCUAAACGUUCCCAUGGAAACCACAACGUUCCUCGGGGCGGCCCUCGGCUUCAUCGCGUUGAUGUUGGUCUUAUUCCUGUACAUUAACCGGAAAUGGUGCUUCGCCACACCUGGAUCGUUUAUUUGCUGCGACGAGAACACCCUACCGGCAAAAACGGUACACACCAUCCGGAGCCGCUUCGCGUACGACGGUAACUCCAGUUCCGAUUCGGAGGAGGAAAUUCUUCGCCGGCUGAAGCUACAGCAGUCGUGCAGCCUGCAUAGCAGUGGUCAGCUGUCGCGGUACGGUGCCGGUGCGCUGAGCCCGCUAGAUCCGGAUCUAGCGUCCAGUUUGGGUGGCUUACAGCACAUUACCAUCGGGUCACCGUUGGACGAGGGACAGCUGAGCAGGAAGGAGAGUCGGAAACAUCACCACGGUAGCAGCAGUCAUGGUCACGGGCACCAUGGCCACCAUCAUGGGAGCAGUAGUGGACAUCAUCACCAUCACAAUACCCGACACAGCUCAUCGAGGGACCCCUUGGCACUGGCCGAGCGGGGUAAGAUCGGUAUGCCGCAUUCGAGUAGCGAAUGUAGCUCGAAUAGUUCGGUGGAAGCUUCCGUGGAAAGCAAUACGGGUUUGGUUGGGGGUGAAAAAAAGGAUCGACGGUUGAUCCUGCAGUCUGCUAGUGGAGGAGGUAAAGAAGGUACUCCAGCGAAAGACGUGUCAUCUGGGGACGGUAAGAAGGACCAAGGGAACAGCGUUACGGGAGGAUCGAGCUCGAGCGCUAAGUAUGGCAGGUUGCCUGUUCAACAGCAGGAUAGUCUGGAAGAUGUUCCGGAUAUUAACAGCAAUCAAGACUGCAUCGUAGUCCUAUCGCAGGAACCCCUGUUCGAUACGAGCGAUUUGAAAUCUCUCAAGUCGGACACCGGAACGAUCGGUCCCGGUCCGGAAAGUCCCACUUCAACCAGCUGUCCGAACGGAACGCUGGAGGUAUCGCUACUGUACGACGCACCGAUGCGCAAGAUGACAGUCCACGUGCUGCAGGCACGAGGAAUUCCAUCCCGAAACAGUGCGAGCAGUUCGGCCAAUAACCCCGCAGAUCCACCCAAUCCCAAGACCAGCCAAUCGACCACCCACACCCAGGUAAGAUUAUUGAUGUUGCCGAGCAAGAAGCAGAAGCACAAGACCAAGAUCCGGUCCGGGGAGAAUCCGCAGUUUAUGGAGAGCUUCCUGCUACAUCGAGUCAAUCCAGAGGAAGUCAACUCGAUGGGUCUGCGCAUUCGGGUCUACGGUUGCGAGCGAAUGCGAAGAGAGCGACUGAUAGGAGAAUCGAUAGUGAGCUUUGCGAACAUCGAUCUGGAGCUGGAGACGAACUUGUGGUUGCCGCUGGAACCUAGGGCGAACUCGGCGAAUACUGGUUCAACGAGUGAUCUGUUGAGUUUGGCUAGAUCGGAUAGUACGGGUUCGACAACGUCCAUGCAACACGGAGGUGUCCCGGAGUUACUGCUGGGUCUAGGUUACAAUGGCACUACGGGACGGUUGACGGUUGAGAUUGUGAAGGGUAGUCAAUUCCGUAAUCUGGCAUUGAACAAGGUCCCGGAUACGUACGUCAAGUUGUGCCUCGUUAGUAGCAUGGGUCAGGAGAUGGCUCGUGCAAAGACCUCAACGAGACGUGGUCAACCGAACCCACUGUUCAAGGAGACAUUUAUCUUUCAGGUGGCCUUAUUCCAGUUGAACGACGUCACACUGAUGGUGUCGGUUUAUGCGAAGCGAAACAUGAAGCGCAACGAAAUGGUCGGCUGGUUUAGUCUGGGGCUGAACUCCAGCGGUCCGGAGGAGAAUGCUCACUGGGGUGACAUGCGUGAGGCGAUGAAUCCCCGGUCGGAGCUGGUGACGCGAUGGCACGUGCUGGUGGAUUCCUGAUUUAACUAGCUAGGGCUCUCCCCUCGGCAGAGCACGGUCAUCAGUGAAGAUAUCGCCGAAGUAACGGUCACCAGCGGCAGUGGUCGGCACAAGUCGUCGUCGUCGUCAUCCCAUCACCAUCGGAGUCGUCGAAGCUCCGGAAGUGUUGGGGGAUCGGUACUAGCUAGUCCAGUGGUGCCACCGGUGGCACUGCCACCACAGCAGCAGCCGUCGACCACAUUGCCAAUGCCGUGGGAUCGGGACUCGGUUGCCGUCGAUAUCUCGAUGAUGCCUGGGAGUGACCUAGAGUUUGUUUGAACCAAACAUCCAACAAUGCGUGAAAGUGAAAGUGAGCGAGCGUGAGACGAGUACGGUAUUUUGAAACUUUGCGUGUGUAGCUGUGACAUUCAUUGGUCUGUCUGUGUGUCGUCGUCGUGUAGUCGUGUGAGGUUCAGUUUUUCGCUUGCAAAUUCUCGAGCAAACCAACCAGUGAAACACGUUUUAGUUUUUGUCCUGAGGAAAUUUUGAUGUUUUAAUCGUGUCGUAUUUUAGGCGUAAGGUUUAAGGACUCUACAGUGUGUUGGAUGUCGCUGUCGAUAUAUUUGAUGGACAGAAUACCAAAUUUUUCUGGGGUAAUUUGUGUGCUAAAAGGGGGACGCAGAGGGGGCGAAAAGGUAUAGUACCUAAAGCUUUAAUAGUAGUUACCGCAGAAGGGAGCGGGAGGUAGGGAACUGGAGAAGGAUUUUUGUUUUUGUCAGAAGCGUCAGGAGGUACUCUUUUUAUACUAAAUGCUUUCUGCCAUCGAUUCUAGGUGCUAUUUAGAAGAUUUUAUAAGUAGAAUCAGAACCUAACUUUUUAGUA